GCCAGUCUUCCUCCAGUGGGCCUAAGUCCGAGUCAUAAGAUACUUGAACCUGCUGACAUACACGAUUAUAAGCUUCCUGAUAACAUAGGUCUUAAAUGGAAAGACCUUGCACGAGAAUUAAACUACUACCAACCAACUAUUGAGGCAAUUGAAACAGGAAAAGUUUAUCGUACAAAGGAAUGCUGCAUAGAACUUUUGGUGCUUUGGAUAAAGCGAGAGGGAAAUAAUGCUACUGCUGUAAGACUAGCAGACACUUUAAGGAGAAUAGGACUUAGGAACCUGGCUGAUAUUUUAGUCUGCCCAAUUAGCGAUCCGUGCCAAGUAAGUAUAAAGCAAAAUUUACUUUCACGAAGAGCCAGUUAA